AUGAAUGAAUGGAAAAUUGCAUUGCAACAACAUAUGCAACGUGAAUGCAUUCAAAAUGCAUUUUCUAAUGCGCGUGUCGUGUUUUAUUCGUUAUUAGAAAACAAUCUUGUUGCCAAUGCAACUCUGUCGUAUAGAACAUUGACAGUUUUUGCACCAACAAACAAAGCAUUUCAAAAUUUUGAAGCAACGUCGGUUAAAGAAUCAUUGGUCAGUUAUCAUAUGGCAACAUUACCAUUGACGUUAAGCGAAAUGACGAGCGGUCAAUCGGUACCAACAGAUUUCGAAGGUAAUCCUCCACUUUGGAUAACUAAAAAUCACAGAAAUGAAAUUUACGUUAACAAUGGUAAAGUAAUAAUACCGAAAAGUAACGUACAAGCUUAUAAUCAAAAUAAAAAAAAACAGGUUUUACACAUGAUUGAUGAAGUUUUGGAACCUGUCAUAUCAUCGAAUCCAAGCGUAUUUUUAUACAAUCCUGAUGCUUAUCAAUUUCUUAACCAGAGUGAAAGCAUAGGUUUGGGUAAACACAGAGUUCGAUCCUUUCGUCAAAGGGUCAUACUUAAUAAUAAGGAAACCAUUUAUCGUGCCGAUGGUCGUUAUACCUUUUUCAUACCCGUCGACGAAGGUUUCAUGCCUCCCUCAAGACCGGAAAAAAUAGAUCAAAAAGUCAUCGAUGGACACGUUAUACCACAUCACGUUUUAUUUACUAGUGCAACUCCACAAGCUAUUGAAUAUAAAACUUUAGCUUUUCACGACAUGAUGAAAGUAACAAUAUCAUUCACGCAACAAAACGAUGGAAAACAUUCUAAAAUGUACGUGAAAAGUCAUACGAUAUUGGGAGAUGAUAGUCAUCCCACGGGAGUCGUACUCGCUGAAAUCGUUAAAGCCAACAUUCCAGUUAAAAAUGGCGUCAUACAUUUAAUAAGGCAUCCAUUGAUGGUUGUCGAUACGACGGUUGAACAAUUUUUAAAGGAAAAAAACGACGGUCCCCUGUACAGAUUUUACAAAAUAAUAUUAGAUGCCGGAGGUGAUUUUAUCGAAAGAAUAAAUAGGAGGCAUUCUGGUGUCACGUUAUUUGCUCCAAACAAUGCUGCAUGGUCGGAAAUGCAUUUGGACGGUGUCAUAAACGAUAAGAAAAAAUUAAGAGAAAUAUUGGAUUUACAUUUGGUCGAAAUGAAAUUACCCAUGGAUGUUAUAAUGAGCAACAACGAUAAAGAGCUUUUUCAAGUUGUCACUUCCGGUGGUAGAAAAAAUCUUUAUUUCAACGUCGUCGUGAGUCCAAACAAUAAUAAAACUCUUACAGUAGAAGGCGGUGGAGUUAACGCCACCGUCAUACAACCGGAUAUAGCUGCCGAAAACGGUAUAGUCCAUAUAAUUGAUCACGUGUUAGGUGUUCCAUUUCAAAAUGUCCGCGAUAAAUUGGCAUCCGAUCCGAUGCUCAACAAAACGUUUCAUUUGGGUGAAAGAACAAAUUUUAACGGUCAAUUGAAAAAUUUAAAUCGUAAAUUUACUUAUUUCGUACCGAGAGAUUAUGCUUGGCAAAAAGCUGAAAUUAUGUUUCCAUCGGCUCAUAAAAAAUUAUUCAUGCCCGAAUUUGGUUAUCACGUUCGACAAAUAUUAGAAAGACAUUUGGUAAUACACGAUAAAGUAUUCACAAUGGCGGAAUUGAAACAAAUGUCAAACGAUACAACAACACUUCCAACAUUACGAGACAGUCUUCAAAUAAGAGUUAAAGAAGUUGAUAAAGGUUACGUCAUCGAUUGGCGCGGUGAAUCGAUACCUGUUUUCAGACCGGAUGUACAUUGCACGAAUGGUAUAAUACACGUCAUUGAUAGAGUUUUCCUACAGGAUAGUGACGUAAGAAUAAAUGGAGAACCGAGAAAUCAUUCAUUUUCAAUUUUAGCACAUUUGACGUUGAUGUUUUUAGUAUUUAAAUUUUAUUUAAACUAG